AGAAGAACUCAAGGAUGGGCACCGGUAGGAGAGACACCUACUGUAAAGGUGUUUACAGCAAGAGCAAACCUAUUAUCAACCUUAGGAGCUAUAUCAGCUAAGGGACUAAUUAAAGUCUGUCUGAGAAAGCCCAUUCCGCUUACAAAAAAGCGAAAGUUGACAAAGCAGGGAAAAGUUGCUCCGAAAGGUACGGUAACUAAUCAUUACCUUAACUUUAUCGAAAGCGUUUUGUACGAAAUA